AUCUAUUCGAUACAUAUAUUCUCUCCUAUACCAACAAUAUCUAAAUCUUGAAUCUCCAUCUCUAUUACAAGAUUUCCAACAUGUUAUUUAGUAAUACUUGUGAAUAUCCUAUGAUGGACUCCUUACCUAGGCCAUUGAUCGUGGAUGGAACAAAAUGGAGGUCGAAAAAUGUCGAGAUAGCUCCAAAUUGUCCGAGGUGUGCCUCGACCAACACGAAAUUCUGCUACUACAACAACUAUAGUUUGUCACAACCUAGGUACUUCUGCAAAGGCUGCAGAAGGUACUGGACUAAGGGUGGAUCAUUGAGGAAUGUGCCGUUUGGCGGUGGUUGCCGAAAAAGCAGGCGGGUGAAGGCAGCAAGGCCGGUGGAGUGCGGUGGUGCAAAUUAUGUCGAUCGAGGUCCUAGUCCGACAGGUGAUCAAUGCGUGGAUAUUGAUUUGGCCGCAGUUUUCGCGAAUUAUUUGAACCAAAAUGUGGAAAAUAAUGAGAAAUGUGGUGGUGAGGAGUCUUCUAGUCCUGGAGCUAGUUGUGCAUCAUCAUCUGAAGUUCAAGCAAGUUCUUUGGACAUUGAUAUACAACUAGAAGAUCCUUUAUUUGAGUAUCAAAAGCCCGUUGAGCCCGUAGAUUUCAUAGAUGCCGCUCAGUUUCAAGGAGUGCUAAUUACUGAUCAUGUCUCCAAUAUUCAUGAAGAAAAUGUUCAAAAAUUCAUGGAUCAUGAUCCUUAUGAUUUCAAGUUGCAAACUAUGCUUGGAGAUGAAUUAGGGCCUGAAAUUUGGUCUGAUAGCCCGAAUUUGCCAAAUUUUCAAUGCCAAUUACCUAUGCUGCAGUUUCGUGAUUUUGAAGUAUUUUCUCCAAAUGAUCAAUUAAGAAUUUCUGCAAAUCUUGACGGCAAUUAUUGGGGCUCAUUUGAUCUGUCUGGUUAUGAAUUGUUUUCCGGGCCUUGACUCCAGAACAUUUUUUCAUUUUUGGUUUUUGGCUGAAGGGGAUUGCUACUAGUCAUGGAAGUUAAUUGUCAUAAUUAUAUAUAUGAAAAGGGUUUGUCAUGAUACUUAUUCAAUUAUAAUUACAUACUAAUUUAAAGGAGUAAAAUAAACCCCUUCUUUUUUCUUUUACUUUCUUUGGCUUUUAAAAUAAUUAUUGAUGA